CGUGACUUGGUCUGUUCGCUACGAGUCCGUUCUUAGAAUACUGAUGAAUCACGGUUCUCAUUCAGUUUAGAUGCGGUCAGAAACGACAUAUAAUUAUGAGGAACCUUUCCUUCAUUUGUUGGAUUUUAUUACUCCUGGACGUUUCUCCAUCUGGCCAUGUCAAAACCAAUGAUGAACACAACAUGGCAAGGAUAGAGCAAUAUUCUGGAAUGAAUGUGUUUGUUGCUGUGGCAGAUGGAGUGAAGACGGUGGUAGUGAUGGAGGGAGAUUCUGUCGUUUUAGACACUAACAUUACUGUAAUAAAGCAAGAUGAUACCAUACUGUGGAUGUUUGGAGAUGAUAACUCUAUUAUAGCUAAAAUGAACGAAGCGGCUGGAAUUUUCUCUGCCAAUGAUAAUGAGAGAUUCAGAGACCGACUGGAGCUGGUCAGACAGACUGGGUCUCUGAUCAUCAAAGAAAUCAGAACGGAACACACUGGACUUUAUCAACUAAAGAUAAAGAGCACAACUGAGAUCUCGAAGAAAUUCAGUGUUACUGUCCGUGAGCUCCCCCCGCGUUCACACUGGGAGACAACUGGUCCAGUGUUGGCAGGCAUUGUUGUUAUCUUAAUCCUGAUCGGAAUUGGAAUCUGUAUUGGGCUCAAGAUGGGUUGGUUUGAAAUAUGUUGGCCAUGUAAGAAGAGUGGUGAAACAACUCAAGUGCUAUACGAGGCAGCACCUAAACAAUGACCAACAGCAGUAGGUCAGUCAGUUCACAUUAAUAGAGUUUGAGAAUCAACCAUAUAGCACUGUGGAAAGAGUUAAGAAAUUUUUAUUAGAAAACAAAUAUAUAUCUAUCUAUAUAUAUAUAUAUAUAUAUAUAUAUAUAUAUAUAUAUAUAUAGGGAAAGGUGAAGGUGAUGCUUGCCAUUCAAACUCAUUGAUUAUCUUCAAACUAUGGAUGUAUAGCUACAUUAAUGUAUAAUGUACUUGACUGUAUGCUCAGUAAGGCCCACACAUGCAUUCACACGACAUGACCUCAUUCUGUGGUGCCUGCUGCUUUAGCUAUAUCUGCUGUGCAUACUAUGAGUGCUCCAGCUGACUUGAAAAACAAGUGAGAUUAUUAUUUCAACAAAUGCGAUGUGUGACCUCUAUUUCUGAUAGUACUGGGAUAUGUUUACAUGAAAACGGUGUAGUAAAAGCAGAAAUGUUUUCCUGCAUUAUGCAUGCCAGGCCUAGUUGGUGAUGCCCCUUUGUAAAGAAACACUACAUGUUUGAUUUGCUCUGAAUGCUUUCCAACUGAAUAGUUAUCUAGAAUAAAAAAAUGUAUGCUGUGGCGUUAAGGUUCAUCUUCAUUGGAAUUACUGGAAUAACCAAACCUGUUAAAUAGAACAUGGUGUCCAUGUACUGUUUGCUCCAAAUAUACAUUAUAUCUUUCCUCUGUGUUGUUCUGUCCAAUGUGAUCCAGUGUCUGAUUUGUUUUGUUGAUUAAGUUAUCUGUCGAAUACGUACUGUACAUAUAGACUUCUUUGGUUUGCUCUGAAAAAAAUAAAAAAAUAAAAA